GUCCGCUGUAAAUACGACACAGAUUAAAAGACAGACAGCAACAGGAGUCAGGACACAUUUUUGUCAAGACUUCAUCUUCCCAACUCUUUCCUUCUCUGGAAAAUCAGAUUGAGGGCCAGGGAGCGUCUGUAACAUCUGAGCUCUGGUUAGAUGUGAGAUACGCCGUUCUGGAGCAUCUGAAAGAGUUUAUACCACAGCCUAAAUGAGACUCCGCGGGUCCGCGGGGCACCGGAAGGAGACGGGGGAGUUGUGGGGGGAGGCGCAGGGAGGCCACAGAGGGGCUCCGGUGUUGCGGAGGGGGACAGAGAAGGAGAAAUCGAAAGAGCAGGGGAGACGGGGAGCGAUGGCCACGGGAGAAAUCACGACUCUCCCUGCCUCCCCUGAAGAUGGGGCCAGCGGAGGGUUUCCUACGGGAAACUUCAAGGACCCGAAACGUCUGUACUGCAAAAACGGCGGGUAUUUCCUGAGGAUAAACUCCGACGGCAAGGUGGACGGGAUCCGUGAGAAAAGUGACCCACACAUUCGGCUCCAGUUUCAGGCGACGGCUGUAAGCGAGGUCUUGAUCAAAGGAAUCUGUGCUAACCGUUAUCUGGCCAUGAGCGCUGAAGGACGACUCUUUGGAACGAGAAGACUCACAGAUGAAUGUUAUUUCUUUGAACGCCUGGAGUCGAAUAAUUACAACACAUACAGAUCCCGGAAAUAUCCCGACUGGUACGUGGCUCUAAAGAGAACGGGCCAGUAUAAAUCAGGUUCGAUGACCGGCCCGGGCCAGAAGGCUAUUCUGUUCCUCCCUAUGUCUGCCAAAUGUUGAUCAAGAGAUGCUCUCCACCUCAUCAUGUUCAACACGAGGGUCAACGGCCCAUUGACGCACGCACUCCACAAACCCAACACAAACCGAAUGAGAUCAUUGGAAACACAACAGAGAAGAUUCAAGUUCAUUGCUGUUUACAGUGCACUGCUUUAAACACUAUGAGAACUCUUUUUUUAUUUAGCGUUUAUAUGAGGAAUCCUUCCAAAACAUGAACUGAAUGUUAUUAUUAUUACCCCGGAUAUAUUAAGACGGAUUCGUCAAUAACAACAUUUCCCAACAAACUCCACCAAUAUGAUCCGAUUUUCCAAAACAGGUUAUUCCCAAAGCUGAAGGUGGGCAGUACGGUUGCUUUAAAGAAUACACUGAGCUGUUAUUGCUGUUUUUAGACAGAAGACCAGCACUGAGAGAUACUGGACUGGAUUUCCUGAAAGUGUUUUUGCUGAAAUCUGUAACUGUAUUUCUUAUUCUGUGGAGGAAGUUUCCAGAUCUUACAGGAAUGUUCAAAAUGUGAGUUAAUUUAAUGCUGCUUCACAGAGAUUUUAUUCUUUACGCUCAAUGUACUUUUAAGUUCAUCUAUAUUGUGUAUUUUAUAGAAACGAAGGGAUCUUCUGCUGCAAUAAUGAAGGGAUGCGUAGUACAUCAUGAAUGUUUUUCAAAAAACUUUAUUCUUUGUCGUGUCGGCUACGUUUAUGUCAGAAAACAGACGCUUUUGUCCAAAGUGACGUAAGGUACAAUCAAGCUAUACAUUUUAUCAUUAUAUGUGCAAUUCUGGGGUACUGAACCCAUGACCUUGGCGUUGCUAGCGCCAUGCUUUACCAGCUGUAUUAAUCUAUCACUGUUUUAAUUGUAAUAAAUAUGAUCGCUGUA